CUUAGCUUCAUUAUAUUUAUUAUAUUUUUGCAUCAUUUAUUUUGUAACAGAGAAACACACACAUAUAUGUAUGUAUAUUCAUAUUUACAUAAAUAUCAGUAUAUAUACAUGUAUAUGUGUGAAUUUUGGUUUUCAUUCAAUAGACAGAAAUCAUAUCACUGAAUAACAUCACCUUUUACCACAUUUUUCUCUGUCUGCUCUCAAGAAAACCACCAAGCCAUCUGUGUGUGCAUGUGUGUAUUUUUCCAGUCUGUGGGAUUUUUUUUUUUUUUUUCUUCAGACAAGGGGAUAUUUUGCGAAACAUGAAUCGUAAACCACUGCAUUCUGCAAUGCCAUCAUAUCAAUGGGGAAACAGCAGAGUCUGAUAUCUCCAGGACCUCAGAAAUUGCCCCCCUAAGAUGCUGAGACUGGACCCCCUGUUCAUUCUGCUGAUUUCCAUGUCUUAUUUCAAUCCCGAAAAGGCCUUAGCAGCCCCAACAGAAAAUGAUGGCUCUUCUCAAGGACGGGCCCCUCUUGCCCCUCCAUAUGCAGUGGUCCUAAUUUCUUGUUCAGGAUUGUUAGCCUUCAUUUUCCUGCUUCUGACUUGUCUCUGCUGCAAAAGAGGAGAUGUUGGAUUCAAGGAGUUUGAGAAUCCCGAUGGGGAAGAAUUUUCUGGGGAAUAUACCCCACCAGCUGAGGAAACCUCCUCUUCACAGUCCAUUCCUGAUGUAUACAUUUUGCCUCUUUCCGAGGUGUCUUUGCCUGUUCCCAACACACAAGCUCCAAAAGCAGUAAAACAAACAGGCUUUAGCCGACAGGACCUAAGCUACCUUCAGGAGAUUGGGAAUGGAUGGUUUGGAAAAGUGAUCCUGGGUGAGAUUUUCUCAGAUUAUACCCCAGCUCAGGUGGUAGUUAAGGAGCUACGAGUCAAUGCCAGUCCCCUAGAACAAAGAAAGUUUCUCUCUGAAGCACAGCCUUAUAGAAGCCUCCAGCAUCCGAACAUCCUACAAUGCUUGGGUCUUUGUACAGAGACAAUUCCCUUCCUGCUGAUCAUGGAGUUCUGUCAGCUGGGAGAUUUAAAGAGAUAUCUGAGAGCUCAGCGCAAGGCAGAUGGAAUGACCCCUGACCUUCUUACCUGCGACCUUACGACAUUGCAGAGAAUGGCAUAUGAGAUAACACUGGGACUCAUGCACCUUCAUAAAAACAAUUACAUACACAGUGACUUGGCCCUAAGAAACUGCCUUCUAACUUCUGAUCUCACUGUUCGUAUUGGGGAUUAUGGAAUCUCUCACAACAAUUACAAGGAGGAUUACUAUAUUACUUCAGACCGUCUGUGGAUCCCUUUGCGCUGGGUUGCUCCAGAGCUCUUAGAUGAAGUUCAUGGCAAUUUAGUUGUGGUUGAUCAAAGCAAGGAAAGCAAUGUCUGGUCCUUGGGAGUGACUAUUUGGGAACUGUUUGAAUUUGGGAGCCAGCCAUAUCGUCACCUAUCAGAUGAAGAAGUAUUGACUUUUGUAGUCAAGGAACAGCAAAUGAAACUGGCAAAACCUCGACUUAAGUUGCCCCACUCAGAUUAUUGGUACGAAGUUAUGCAGUCCUGCUGGUUAUCUGUCGAACAGAGACCCACGGUGGAAGAGCUUCAUCUACAACUCACUUACUUAUUAAGUGAGUGCUCUAAUCAGACAGAAGAAAGUUUUGAGUGGCGCUGGAAUGCUCUUAAACCAAGCAAAUCAUCAGGAGGACCUUUGCGUCACUCUGAAGAAAUUUCAGCUUUCCCUCUUCUAGACAAUUUUAGCGGUGGGGAUGGCUUUCAUGCUGACAUGGAUGACAUAUUGACUGUAACAGAGAGCAGCCGUGGGCUUAACUUUGAGUACAUGUGGGAGAAAGCCCGGCUAGGUCGCUGGAAAGCAUCUUCACAAUGCCAAGACUACCAACCAAGCAAUGGGAGUCUUACUGUGCCUGCAAACCCUUUUUAUGAUUCCAGCCAUCAACAUUCACGCCAGAGUUUGGAAACACCCAGUGUGGUCCCAGUUAUCAGUGCACGGAGCCCUUCAGUAAGUAGUGAAUAUUAUAUUCGUUUAGAAGAACACACAGACAGGGGCAGCAGCGUGGAUUGUACUGUUUGUGCACCCAGUCCAAUCUACGAAAGAAAAUAUGACCUACAAGAAAAACGAGCUCUUCACCAACGCUUAUCCUUAGGUAGUCCUUCUUCUCCUCUUGAACCACUUUUUCCAUCAGACUGGGAUGCACUUGAGAGUGGAAGAACAAGUCCAGAUGACCCACCUGCACACUUAAUUUUGCAUGAAGUUCCUAAACUCAUAGACAGGUGGACUCCAAGUAACAACAAUCCUUUUAUUACCAUAGGAAGAGAACUCCCCCGUUAUGUAAACCCUUUCCGCGGGUCAAUAGAUAGAGAUUUGUCAAGGCAGGUACAGGAGACAUCUCUAAUGGAACCCAUGCCAGAUGUUUUUUCAUCAGAUUCCAUUUUGAAUGUUUAUAGAGACAUUGAAGAUCACAGAAGGAGCUGGGAUUCUGAUACAAUGGAAGAACGAGGUGCUGGAGAAACACUAGCAGGAGAUCCAGAAUCUCUGGCUGAGUUCUUGGAUGACCGUGCAUCACCAUGGGAUUGUGAGGCUUCUCUAAUGGAAGAUCAAAGCACUGAAAGCAGCAGUAGCAGCACGGACAACAGUAAUCAUCGUAACAUGCCUAUAUGUCCUCUGUGUAGCAGAGGAAUGCUGGGUAGUCUGCAAAGAUGCUCAUGUGCAAUGUUACGUGGGGAUGUUGUGAUUGAUUGGACCACGCAUGUCGCCAUGCAUCAGGACCAUUAUGCCUUGGAUGAUGAUUCAUCUUUGAAAGUUGAACAAGGUUCUUUAUCAGAAUGCUCGAUACAAGCAAGAACAUUUGGUGAUAGCGAUAUGUAUUCUGGACCAUAUGGAGAGAGUCUUUGUGCAACCGAACAUCAGGAAUUUUAUGAUCCUCUUAUGGGAGCAGCUGUAAAAAGUUAUGACAUUCAAGAUUAUCGUAAUCGUAAUCAAAUAAAGGCCUAUGAAUCACUUCAAAAGACUGUUUCCAAUCAUCCACCUUCUCCCUUUAUUGGAAUUUCAAAUUCCUUGGCUAAUUGUAGUGUGAUUGUGCCAAUUGAAAUACCACCUCUCUCAACUCUAGCUGAAAGCAUAGAAGAGGACACCAUAGAGAUUGCUCCAGAUGUUAUACAAAGAUACCCAAUAAGCCGUAAUAAUUUGCUCACAGAAAAGACACAACAUGGUCCUCGGGAAACACUAGACUCUGCUGAUUCUUUGGACAUUCCAUCUAACACUAGCUCAUCAGAUGUGUGCAGUCCAUCUUCUCACUAUUCAUCUCCUGGUCAAAAGUUUGGGGACAGUGGUUAUGAGACAGAGAAUACUUUUUCUCCUGAAUUUAUUUUUAAGGACAUAAAAGAAGAUGAAGUGGGAUCUAAAGAUUUAAAGUUACCCUUAACUCCAAUAUCAGAGUCAACAAGUGAUUUGACAUUGACUGAGGACUUGUCAGAAGCACAAGCCACUCCUAUGGAAGAAGGGUCACUUCGAACAUUGGGUCUUGGUACACUGCAUCGAGAUUCAGCAUAUUUUUCUGAUUAUGAUAAUGAACCAGAGAAACACUGUAGAGCUGCUAGACAAAGGCUUGAUGGUGAGAAUCAUAAUGGGUUUUGUAAAGAGGAUGAUAUAUCAUUUACAAUACCAGUAGAAGAGAGUGAUCAUAAUGAGCAUGAUGAGCAAGCAGCUGAAGAAAUCAAUGCCGAUGAAAGGGAAAGUGAUGAUAUGCCUAAAGAUGUAAUUUGCUCAUCACUGGAUAAUGAACUCAGCCAGCAAAGUGAUCAAAUCAGUGAUGCAGAUGACAAAAAUCUGAACUGCAAUGGGGGGUUAAAUUCAAAGGAAAAUGAAUUAAAUCACCCGGUCACUGAAAAUAAUACUAUCGAGUGUCAUGAAGGUUGUGAGAAGACUCAGUCAAGCAUCAACCACAAAAAUGGAAAUGAGAAUGUACUAAAAAAACAAUCAGAAAGUGGUUUUGUAGUUCAGGUUUGCAAAGAACAACUUCUUGUCUCAUUGAGAGAAAAUGUAACUAGAAAUGUACUCUCUAACUUUGAAUCAUCAGGAUCUGUGAACUCUUGUGUCUUAAGAGACACGGCUGUGUUGAAGUUAUGGUCCAUGGAUCCAAAUCCCAAUAAGGUAACCGAUGGCCCAUUAAAUAAAGAGUUCUCAUCCAAUGAGUCGUCAGAAAACUCUGAACAUCAGAAUCCAGAAGGUAGUAAUUUGCCAGCUUGUGACAAUAUUGUGAGUAGUAACUCAACUAAGAACUGUUCUACAGAUGAGUUAAAGGACAUCAGAGUUGACGAAAGUGACACACAGCAGCUGCCUGACAAAGAAAAUGUGAAAAAAGAUGAGAAAGAAGCAUGCACACAAAAUACCCCUUCAGAAACCAGCAGCACGUCAGAAACGCCCAUUGAUAACUGCAAAAGCAAUUCAGACACUGCAGGUCAAACUGAUGAACAAGAACAAUUAAAGCUUCCUGUAGAUUUUGGAUCUACAGCAAAUCCUGGCAGUGAGGCUAUAAAAGCAAAAGUUGCCAGGCUCUCUCUCUCCCUCCCACCACUAAACCUUCAAGUAUUCCAAAGUUCAACUGUGCGCAAAUCAUUUUGGGACAGUGGUGAAGAAAAAACAAACGAUCUACCAUUUAACAAAGUAGAUGAGGAUGAGGAAGAUGAUGAGUUUGGAUUCCCGGGGCCACAGCAAACAGGUUCAGAGUCUGAAGAAGUAACUGGGGUUCCCAUUGUAGUAACAGAGAUGGAUGAUGGACGCAACUUACGUAGCCUCCUGAAAUCACCAAAAUCGGCAGAUGAGGUGGAUGAUGAUCUUGAUCGCAAGAGAAAGAUGGUCUCCUUUUUUGAUGAUGUCACCGUUUACCUAUUUGAUCAGGAGACACCAACAAAUGAAUUGAGCAAUCAAAAUUCAACUGAGAAUGAUGAGAGUUUACAUAAUCCUCCUGUGGAUUCCAGCCUUGACACUUUCGCAUCACCAGAUGGUUUCAGUGGAAGUUUUGAGUGGGAUGAUGAUUUCCCACUAAUGACACAAAACUCCUCAUUUAUUGCCGCCAUGGCAACAGAGGCGGCUGCACUGAAGUCACAAAUAAGUCCCACCUCACCAACACCUUCUACUUCACUUCAAGGCAAGCAGGGAGAAGCUAGCCUGAUGGACACACUCAGGUUUACUCGCUUCACUGUCUCUCCUGCUGUGGAUCCUCAUCUUCCAAUGUGUGAGUCUGAAGUAGCAGCAACUACAGGUGCAGUUGAGAACUGAAGGUAUUGACAUUCCCAUUGCAAAGACCAUGCAAGUACUUCAGGAACCACCUGACCAGCACCACCUUUUUCUUCUAUCUUCCCCAAAUUCCCUUCUUUGCUUGGUCAGCUUUCAGCCACAGCAUUGAUAUGUGAAAAGGUAGAUUGCUGAAGGAUCCAAAAGGCUCAGGGAGACAUACUCUGACAAAAGAAUGGGGUCAAUAGUGAGGUUUUCGAUUGCCAUAUGAUUAUUGCCAGCAGAGGAAUUUCACAUCAAAUAUUCUGGAUACAUAUUUCCAUCCUAUUGACUGGGAUGUUUUUCUUAUUCUACUUGUGCCAAAAUUGUUCCAAUGUAUUUGAUGCUCAGUUCCAGCAAUGGGUUUAGAUCGGUGUGUUGAUAUCAUGAAUCCCUAUUGCUAUUAGAGUCUCACUGUCUGCAAUAAUAGUUUGUUUAUUUAAUAAAAACACGUGUCAUAACAUCAUGACAAACGGACUUUGUAGUACGAACUGAUAGAGAGCAAAUCAUGUUUAUCUGUUGUCAGGACAACAAGAUACAAAAUGAAAUAUUAAAAAUAUAUUCUACAUGCAACUUUUUAAAGUUAUGAGUUCCCUGAACAAGAUAUGAUGAAACGAUGCUUCACUUUAAGUCUAACUAGGUCAUGCCAUAUUUUAUCAACGAUUAAGCUAAGCAAAUGUGUUGGUAGUCCCAAAUUAGAUUUUCUUGUAACAAAGCUUUGGAAUUAAUUUGUUUCUUCGACUAAGCACGAGCCCCAAAGCAUAUUCACGAAGGCAAUUUCUAAACUCUGGAAUGCCUCCUAGUUUUGUUUUUAUCCCUUCCAAUAUUUUCAGAGCAUUUUAAACGUUACUGACUGCAGAAUAAAAAUUAGCAAUGAGAACAUUACAAUCCUUGACAGGUUAUAUUUAGACACAUAACAAAAAAGCUCAGUAGCAGUUUCUACUCCCUUGUAAAAAAAAAAGUCAGGAGGGUUAAAGAUACAAUAUAUACAUACAGAUAAACUACGUCUUAUUCGUCAGAGAGACACAAUAAUAACUAAAAGUAAAAUUGCCAAAACAAAAUGACGGUGAAAACAAAAAUGUAAUAAACAGAUGUUUAUGGAGGAACAGAUUGUUCAUAUGUAGAGACUGGCUGCACUUACGCAAUGACAUUUGUUUCCAAAAACAGAUGUAAUUGGUAAAAGAGACUUGUAAGACGCAGGUGUAGGGGGUGUAUUUUUAUACCCAUUUUAAGAUACGUCAAAUUAAAUUUGUGCUUAUAAGAGGCAAAAAUAAAUAAAAGUGAGAAAAAAAAUGGCAUAUGGCAUUUCACUCUGCAUCGGUUAUGUAGGGGGGUGCUUUAUUGCACAUAUAGAAUACGUAAUAGAGAACUAUGAUAUAAGUAUAAAAUGAAUAAGGGAGAACCAAGCAUCUCCUUUAGAGAUAUAUAAGGCAGAGGUGGUUAAAAUAAAGAUCACAUGAUCCACUUUUUGGCCACUAGUGAUAUAAGGUAUCAUUGUUUAUGACUGGGUAUGUGUUAGCCCAUUGUGGGGAUAAGUUUAAUGUUCGUUAAUUCCCUGCUGUUGCUUGUUUUUUCCUACACAAUAAAUGCAGAAUGUAAACCUGUUGCUGGUGGUGAGCUGGUUUACGAAUAGUGCCAAAUGAACCCAUUGGGGAGCCUUAUUGGAUUAAGCAAUUAAAUAGUUUGUUACACAGAAAUGUUAUGAAUGCAAAUGGUAACGUGAACUGGCAUUAAAUUGUGACACAGACUGCAAUUAUCAGUGUUUGCACUGGGGAUAAAUGAAGAUAUACCCACAAAGACGUACAUUAACUGAUUUUUUUUCAGUUUGGAAUUUUACUGUGAAAAACAAAAACAAACAAAAAACAUUUAUACUUCAGUAUGCUAGGAACCAUGUGGAGACACUGCUAAAGACUGGGUGCCCGUGAAUUUUUCUGCCAGUGAUUUUACAGAUUUUGCUAUCAGUAAGUACCGGUAUAUAUUUACAAUCGGGAUUUGACAGCAUUACACAAGGAAAGAGCGAGACUUAUAAAAGUAUAUGAACUGGUUAAGGCAUUUUUAGUGGAAUCACUUGUCAGGAAUCUUCGGAUUUAAAGAACUUAGAAAAAAACCUGAAUGAGUUUAAAAAAAAAAUUCUUUUUUAAAUGCUCAAAAAGAGUCUAAAUAUCAGCUGGACACAUACUUUGGGAAUUUACUACAGUAUAGACAGGAGGCAAAAACCUGUACAUUUUGAGUAAGUUCAACUCUGUCACAUGUUUUAUAAAGUUACAUCAACAACAAAGACUGCAAAAGAACAUGGUGAAUUUAUUUUUUGAAAAACAAUUCAAUGGAAUUUUGGUUUCCGAUCAACUUCUGUUGGACAUUCAAUGUUGACUCCAACUUAUCGUUUUCCUCUUUAUACCAGAUGUUGACCCAGAAUCCAGCUUUAUCUUGGUUCCAUGAGUCCAGCAACUCCCUUCAUUGACUCCAGAUAAAAUUCAAAGACUUAAAGGCAUCACCAGAUUCUAGGCUUCAUGAAUGUGUGUUUGUACGUUUAUUACAAUUUUUAUUUAUUAUCAUCCAUAUUUUAUAUUUUAUUUAAGAUCAAAUAGAGGCCCAUGAAAUGUAACUGAUUUUAAGCAGAAAGCUCUGUCUUCUAACCUUCGUGUAACAGAAGCAGUACUAGAUUGUGUAAAUCUAAAAUAAAAAUAAAAGAGGAGACUUAUCUGUGAUACUCAAGUUGCCUAAAUGAUGGUAAUUUGGGAAUAAUUUUAAAAAAUGGUGAAUAAACAGCAUUUGCUACAA